AUGUCGGCAACCUCCCAAUACAAACUUAACCAGGGCCGAGGCCGUAAACUCGGCACGCGAUCGCGACGGCUGACGAGGUGCAUGACGAAGAUCAGUUUUCUUGCAGAGAAUUUAGCCACUUCCUUGUCGCUGAAGCUGAUGGUGGGUGAUUAA